AUGCCUCCCUCCUCGAACCUGCCUGGUGACCAAAAGCCGACCUCCAGCUUUGGCUCUGUGGACUGGCUCUCCCAAAGCAGCCAUGCGGGGCCGUCGCACACCGCCACACCCGCUGAAGUCUCCUGGGGGAACCCCUCUGCCCCAACCUGGGUGUCCAGCAGUGGGGAACCCCCUCAGACUGUGGGCCUGGAAGAGGUGAAGGCUUCAGCAGUGUCUGCACCAGGGACAUCCACGAAUGGGUUGAGCAAGGAGGCAGACAGCACCAGGCCUCCCCGAGUCCGCACAGCCUUUACGGAGGAGCAGGUCAGCACCUUGGAGAGCUCAUUCCAGCACCACCGCUACCUGGGCCCCCUGGAGCGCAGGAGGCUGGCCCAGAAGAUGCGGCUUUCAGAGGUGCAGAUAAAAACCUGGUUUCAGAAUCGCCGAAUGAAACACAAACGCCAACUGCAGGACUCACAACUGAACGUCCCCUUCUCUGGAGCAGUCUACACACCCUUGGCUUUCUGCCCACCACCCUCUGCCCUGGGCAGCUGCCUGCAGUUGCUGCACCCUUGGGCAUCCCUGCCUGGGCCCUCGGCUCUGGCACAGCCCCCUGGCUCCUUCUGGGGCCCCUGCCAAGUGGAACAAGCCUCCCUGGCCUCGGUGUGGGCCCCAAGCAGCAGACCGCCUCUGAUGUGCUGCCUCCCAGAUCCUGGGAACCAGGCGCACACACUGGGCCCAGCCUUGUCCAGGGGAACCUGGGGCCCGUGUAUUCUGCCAGAGACCGGGGAUGCCUUUUGA